AUGGCCGCCGCUAUCAAAGCCAUAAAUGCGAAGAUUCGCUCCAACAAAGUUUUGGAUUAUGUCUGCUCCACACAUUUCUGGGGCCCUGCCUCGAAUUUUGGUAUCCCAAUCGCCGCUGUGAUGGACAUUCAGAAAGACCCUGAAAUCAUUUCCGGCCCCAUGACCGGCGCCCUCGUCGUCUACUCCGCAACAUUCAUGCGCUACUCUCUCGCCGUCUCGCCCAAGAACUACCUUCUCUUUGCCUGCCAUGCGAUCAAUUUCACUUCUCAGUCUAUACAGGGUUAUCGGUACUUGAAUUAUUGGAACUGGGGAGGUCGUGAAAAGGCUCUUGCUGAGAAGGGUGUGCAAGAAGGGGCGGUUGCUGGUACUCAAUAA